CGCGGCGCCGGCGAGUGCGUCGAGCUCGCCCCGGACUCAAGAUGGCGGCGUGUGGACGUGUACCGAGGAUGUUCCGCUUGUCGGCGGUGCUGCAGUUGCUGCUGCUUGCCGCGGCCCGGGCCGAGAAACUCCAGGGCCAGGGCGUUCACAGCCAGGGCCAGGGCCCCGGAGUCAACUUCGUGUCCUUCGUAGGGCAGGCUGGAGGCGGCGGCCCGGCGGGUCAGCAGCUGCCUCAGCUGCCUCAGUCAUCGCAGCUCCAGCAGCAGCAGCAGCAGCAGCAACAGCAACAGCAGCAGCAACAGCAACAGCAGCAGCAACAGCAACAGCAGCAGCAGCAGCAGCAACAGCAACAACAGCAACAACAGCAGCCUCAGCCGCCGCAGCCGCCUUUCCCGGCUGGUGGGCCUCCGGCCCGGCGGGGUGGAGCGGGAGCUGGCGGGGGCUGGAAGCUGGCGGAAGAAGAGUCUUGCAGGGAGGACGUCACCCGCGUGUGCCCGAAGCACACCUGGAGCAACAACCUGGCGGUGCUCGAGUGCCUGCAGGAUGUGAGGGAGCCUGAAAAUGAAAUUUCUUCAGACUGCAAUCAUUUGUUGUGGAAUUAUAAGCUGAACCUAACUACAGAUCCCAAAUUUGAAUCUGUGGCCAGAGAGGUUUGCAAAUCUACCAUAACAGAGAUUAAAGAAUGUGCUGAUGAACCAGUCGGAAAAGGGUACAUGGUUUCCUGCUUGGUGGAUCACCGAGGCAACAUCACUGAGUAUCAGUGUCACCAAUACAUUACCAAGAUGACGGCCAUCAUUUUUAGUGAUUACCGUUUAAUCUGUGGCUUCAUGGAUGACUGCAAAAAUGACAUCAACAUCUUGAAAUGUGGCAGUAUUCGGCUUGGAGAAAAGGAUGCACAUUCACAAGGUGAGGUGGUAUCAUGCUUGGAGAAAGGCCUGGUGAAAGAAGCAGAAGAAAGAGAACCCAAGAUUCAAGUUUCUGAACUCUGCAAGAAAGCCAUUCUCCGGGUGGCUGAGCUGUCCUCAGAUGACUUUCAUUUAGACCGGCAUUUAUAUUUUGCUUGCCGAGAUGAUCGGGAGCGUUUUUGUGAAAACACACAGGCUGGUGAGGGCAGAGUGUACAAGUGCCUCUUUAAUCAUAAAUUUGAAGAAUCCAUGAGUGAAAAGUGUCGAGAAGCACUCACAACCCGCCAAAAGCUGAUUGCCCAGGAUUAUAAAGUCAGUUAUUCAUUGGCCAAAUCCUGUAAAAGUGACUUGAAGAAAUACCGGUGCAAUGUGGAAAAUCUUCCGCGAUCCCGCGAAGCCAGGCUGUCCUACCUGCUCAUGUGCCUGGAGUCAGCUGUACACAGAGGGCGACAAGUGAGCAGUGAGUGCCAGGGGGAGAUGUUGGAUUACCGACGCAUGUUGAUGGAAGACUUUUCUCUGAGCCCUGAGAUCAUCCUAAGCUGUCGGGGGGAGAUUGAACACCAUUGUUCCGGAUUACAUCGAAAAGGACGGACCCUACACUGUCUGAUGAAAGUAGUUCGGGGGGAGAAGGGGAACCUUGGAAUGAACUGCCAGCAGGCGCUUCAAACACUGAUUCAGGAGACUGACCCUGGUGCAGAUUAUCGCAUUGAUCGAGCUUUGAAUGAAGCUUGUGAAUCUGUAAUCCAGACAGCCUGCAAACACAUAAGAUCCGGAGACCCAAUGAUUUUGUCAUGCUUGAUGGAACAUUUAUACACAGAGAAGAUGGUGGAAGAUUGUGAACACCGUCUCUUAGAGCUGCAGUAUUUCAUCUCCCGGGAUUGGAAGCUGGACCCUGUCCUAUACCGCAAGUGUCAGGGUGAUGCUUCUCGUCUUUGCCACACCCAUGGUUGGAAUGAGACCAGUGAACUUAUGCCUCCUGGAGCUGUGUUCUCUUGUUUAUACAGACACGCCUACCGCACUGAGGAACAGGGAAGGAGGCUCUCACGGGAGUGCCGAGCUGAAGUCCAAAGGAUCCUACACCAGCGUGCCAUGGAUGUCAAGCUGGAUCCUGCCCUCCAGGAUAAGUGCCUGAUUGAUCUGGGAAAAUGGUGCAGUGAGAAAACAGAGACUGGACAGGAGCUUGAGUGCCUCCAGGACCAUCUGGAUGACUUGGUGGUGGAAUGCAGGGAUAUCGUUGGCAACCUCACCGAGUUAGAAUCAGAGGAUAUUCAAAUAGAAGCCUUGCUGAUGAGAGCCUGUGAGCCCAUAAUUCAGAACUUUUGCCACGAUGUGGCAGAUAACCAGAUAGACUCUGGGGACCUGAUGGAGUGUCUUAUACAGAACAAACACCAGAAGGACAUGAAUGAGAAGUGUGCCAUCGGAGUCACCCACUUCCAGCUGGUGCAGAUGAAGGAUUUUCGGUUUUCUUACAAGUUUAAAAUGGCCUGCAAGGAGGACGUGUUGAAGCUUUGCCCAAACAUAAAAAAGAAGGUGGACGUGGUGAUCUGCCUGAGCACAACUGUGCGAAACGAUACUCUGCAGGAAGCCAAGGAACACAGGGUGUCCCUGAAGUGCCGCAGGCAGCUCCGUGUGGAGGAGCUGGAGAUGACAGAGGACAUCCGCCUGGAGCCAGAUCUGUAUGAAGCCUGCAAGAGUGACAUCAAAAACUACUGUUCCACUGUGCAGUAUGGCAAUGCUCAGAUUAUUGAAUGUCUGAAAGAAAACAAGAAGCAAUUAAGCACCCGCUGCCACCAGAAAGUAUUUAAGCUACAGGAGACAGAGAUGAUGGACCCAGAGCUAGACUACACCCUCAUGAGGGUCUGCAAGCAGAUGAUAAAGAGGUUCUGUCCAGAAGCAGAUUCUAAAACCAUGUUGCAGUGCUUGAAGCAAAAUAAAAACAGUGAAUUGAUGGAUCCCAAAUGCAAACAAAUGAUAACCAAGCGCCAAAUCACCCAGAACACAGAUUACCGCUUAAACCCCAUGCUAAGAAAAGCCUGUAAAGCUGACAUUCCUAAAUUCUGUCACGGUAUCCUGACUAAAGCCAAGGAUGAUUCAGAAUUAGAAGGACAAGUCAUCUCCUGCCUCAAGCUGAGAUAUGCUGACCAGCGCCUGUCAUCAGACUGCGAAGACCAGAUCCGGAUCAUUAUCCAGGAGUCCGCCCUGGACUACCGCCUGGAUCCUCAGCUGCAGCUGCACUGCUCAGACGAGAUCUCUAGUCUGUGUGCUGAAGAAGCAGCAGCCCAAGAGCAGACAGGUCAGGUGGAGGAGUGCCUUAAGGUCAACCUGCUCAAGAUCAAAACAGAAUUGUGUAAAAAGGAAGUGUUAAAUAUGCUGAAGGAAAGCAAAGCAGACAUCUUUGUUGACCCGGUUCUUCAUACAGCUUGUGCCCUGGACAUUAAACACCACUGCGCAGCCAUCACCCCUGGCCGCGGGCGUCAAAUGUCCUGUCUCAUGGAGGCACUGGAGGAUAAGCGGGUGAGGCUACAACCUGAGUGCAAAAAACGCCUCAAUGACCGGAUUGAAAUGUGGAGUUACGCAGCAAAGGUGGCCCCAGCAGAUGGCUUCUCUGAUCUUGCCAUGCAAGUAAUGACAUCUCCAUCUAAGAACUACAUUCUCUCUGUGAUCAGUGGGAGCAUCUGUAUAUUGUUCCUGAUUGGCUUGAUGUGUGGACGGAUCACCAAGCGAGUGACACGAGAGCUCAAGGACAGGCUACAAUACCGGUCAGAGACAAUGGCUUAUAAAGGUUUAGUGUGGUCUCAGGAUGUGACUGGUAGUCCAGCCUGACCUUUCUACACACUCCAGACAAACUUCCCAGACAAGCUCCUUUGUGCCUCCGUGUGGAGAGGGUGUGGAAAGUUAUCACAUUAAAAGAUGGAGGAUUUGCUCCGUUUUUUUUCUUUUUGUCCGUUUGCUGCCUGUACCCACUCUAGUAGGCAUUGGCUAAUGUUGUCUUUUGUUGAUUCAUCAACCUUUGCAGAAUAUGGGCUUCAUAGAAGCAGUGUUCUUGGCAUCAUUCCUCCAGUGUGGAGAUGCCAAGUCUGGGGUGUGAGGGAGGAGUCCAGGCAUCGUGGUUCAGCCUGGCACACCUUUGGUUGAGUUCGGGGCAUGAAAUCACAGUGGCUGCACAAGAAAGCAGUGUGUACAGUAGGAGAUAUAUUUAUAUAAUAUAUAUUUUAUUAACCUGUUAGAUGUCCACAAAGUAUUAUAAAUCACGUGCCUAAAACUGUCCACGUAGACCAAGGCCCACCCUUGGCGCCCUCCCCUCCCUGCUUCUGCUCUGCAGGGUUGGCACACGCUGCAGGACCCGAGCGACACUCAUCUUCCCCGAAGGGUGUUCAGUACAAAGUGUGUCAGUUUGUGGAUGCAUUGAUCCAAGUUACUCCUUGUCUAACCUGACUGACGUAUAUUUGAGUACUGUGGUUUUCUGUCUUUUUUUCCUAUUUUGCUGCCCUUCCUGGAGGUAGUGGGUUCCAGAAGCCAACUGUCUGUCCUCCUGCCAAGUCAUCAAGGGAAGCUGCUAAGCUGCUUAGUCUCCUUGGUCCUGCUCCUAGGGUCUUCCUGAUUGUCUGCAGCUGUCUGGGAUGCUUCAGCCUCCUCAAACUGGAAAUGUGGGGUGCGAGCAGCACACCCCUUCUCCCACCACUGCCAGCCGGAGUGAGCGGCCAAGAGUUCUCUACAAGUUCCCCUAGGGGCUGGGGGCUGCUGAGGCUAAUAUCAAGAACCAGGAAUGUCAUGUAUAUGCAGGUUCCUACAGACGUGUCUGGUGUGGUUUGCAGGUAGGAUGAAUGUCCACCAUUUGACCGGGUGGGGUAUUCUUCAUCUCUGCACUCUUCCUUUCCAGUGUGCAUAAACCCUUACACUUCUUAUCAUCUUGAUAUUUGUGUUCUUUCCAAAUUGAGAGAAAAUCCCAUUUGUCAUCUGCAGAUUUGGAAGUUUGAUGAGGAAUUUGGUUCUUGAAACAUUUGUCAUCUUUAGAAAUGGUCAGAAUAGAAAAGAUAGCUCUGCCAGUAUCUUCACUUGCUUAUUACAAGAAAGUCUUUCGUCAUUCUACUUGGAGCGUUUUCUGGUGACUGGCUCUUGAGAGGCCCAGGCAGGACCCUGAGCAAGUUUUUCUAAGUUCCAAAGCCAGCGAAAUCUGAACUGGCCGCACUCAUUGAGUCCCUCAUUUGGCAAAAUAAAACAGGACCGGGGCACCCCUGGUUCCUGGCUUCAUAAGUCGGUUAGUUGGCUGAGACUGCUCAAGAAGAGUGACCAUGAUCUUUCUGUGGAUGUGAGUGGGUGAUGGACUCUGGCCUGUAUCUCCUCUCCUGAUGUCGAGCCCAUGAACAGUAAUAGAAGGAGAGGGCAGGGGUGUUGCCAAGGCUAAGGCUUCCGGUACUUGCUGACAUUAAAGCAGCUGGGUCGCUGUCAUCUGGACUUGCCAGUUCAUGCCAGUGUCUUGACAGCUCUUAUACACAGUGUGCUCCCAAGCCCUCUAGAGGCACCUGGAGCCUGGGCUGCCCAGCUGGAGGCACUGGAGUACUGAAGGUGAGCUGUGUGGACAAACUAAUAAGAACAAGAUGAACUAUUCCCAGUGGAGCUUCUCCCACAGAAGGGGAGCUGUGUGAGGCCUUCACCUGGGUACAUGCUGAACUUCUGCUGCUGUUGCUGCUGUCCCUAGACAAGCCUGCUAGCAAGAAGCGCCAGCAGGGGAGCCAUGCAUGCCAUAGGCUUGGGAUCACUCCAGGGAAAGCGAUCUUCCCCACGGCCACCACUCCCAGCUCUAGUUCUGAGCCAGUACAUCCUUGGAAGGUAGGAUUUUAGGGUAGCCGGUGAGCUAGUCUUUAGUGAGCAGGUAUUGACCUGAACACAUUGCAGGCCUUCGGCUGUCUCAUGCUGUGCUUACUCUUCUUGGGAACAGUAAGCCACUUAGCUGGCCGGGAUGGGGAUGCAUCCUGGUGAAGGGACAGCUUUCCCUGAAGAUGCCACAGAAAGUUACUGUCUGAUUUUAUUUGUUUCUGUUUCCUGAGAUCAACUAACAGAGGAAUCCAAUGGUGAGGGUGUCUACAUUCAUGUUUUAUGUUUUAUCAAGGCAGAUUGGAAAGGGAAUUAUGUGGCUGACUUCUGUUGGGCUUCCUAAGAGAAGAUUCUCUUCUUAGGUCAUUGUGGCUCCUAGAAGUGUCUCCUGUCCUCCUACCCUCCAGGCCUGUGGUGUGACUUCUGUCCCGAAGUUUCUACUACAGUGAGUCCUCUGGGGAGAGGAGGUUGCUUCACUGAAAAGAGGCCUUCCCUUCCCGUUUCCUCCCCUACCUCCUUAGAACAUACUGUAAGAACUUAAUCUAAGGAGAAAGAAGCUGGACUACAAACCUCAGAAGUCAGCCACAGUCAGCCUAAAUUUUGGCUUAUAAAAGCAAAAGAAGAAUAUGGUGGGUUUUUUUUAGAUGGAGUUUUUGCUCUGUCUCCAGGCUGGAGUGCAGUGGUGCAAUUUCAGCUAACUGCAACCUCUGCCUCCUGGGUUCAAGUGAUUUUCCUGCCUCAGUCCCCAGAGUAGCUAGAAUUACAGGCACACGUCACCACAUCCAGCUAAUUUUUGUAUUUUUAGUAGAGACCGGGUGUCACCAUGUUGGCCAGGAUGGUCUCGGUCUCCUGACCUCAUGAUCCACCCACCUUGGCCUCCUAAAGUGCUGGAAUUACAGGCAUGAGCCACCGAACUUGGCUUUUUUUUUUUUAGGCAGAGUUUCACUCUUCUUGCCCAGACUGGAAUGCAGAGGCGCCAUCUCAGCUCACUGCAACCUCUGCCUGCCUCCCAGGUUCAAGUGAUUUUCCUGCUUCAGCCUCCCAGGUAGCUGAGAUCACAAGUAUGCACCACCAUGCCGGGCUAAUUUUUUUGUAUUUUUGUAGAGAUGGGGUUUCACCAUGUGGCCACGCUGGUUUCAAACUCCUAACCAGAUGUGAUCCACCCACCUGGGCCUCAGUUAUGUGCAUUUUGGUAUAUUGUAUGUCAGUGUCUUGUGAGUUUGGAAAACCUGAAAGAUCACAGUGCUUCCUUUUAUUUCUCACCAUUUGGGCAACACCUGAGCGGUUUUGUAAAAUACAGCCACUGGUUCUGUGGGUCUCUCUGGGGCCUUGAGGGACACUUACUUCCUCCCCACUUGCCUUCUCUCCACUAGGCUUUGGUUCCCAGAAGGCCUGAGGCCAGGUCUAAGGUUCCUGCCUGCCUUCCCUCCCGUUGGUCUUUGCUGGUUCAUCCCUCUGACUGCACCCCCUCUUGGUCCUUUCUCCGCAUGCUUCAAAUAAUAGAUAAGUUAUUAGCAAACCAGACUGAAUCUUCAGAGUGAAGAGCUCCCCAAAGCCAUCUGGUGAGAUCAUUGUGGGGACCCAGGGACUGUUUGUCACCUGGAUCAUGAAGAUGGGGCUGUCUCCUCAGGCUGGUGGUGACAGGAUCCUAACGGGUGGUCCUCUCCCUCUCUGCUCUAGCACGACACACAUGUAGGAGGCUGUGCUGUGUGCAGUGGAGAAAUCUCCCUGGGCCAGGAGAAAGUUCAGACAGUGCCUCUAGAUUAUGUUUUGCCUUCCCCCAACGUAGAGUUGACAUCUGGACCCCAGAGCCCAGCAGGGCCUUCUGUCAGACAUGCUAGGGUGAUAUAAACUGCCUCCAGGUACCCCUGUGGUGUGCUGGGUGGAGGCCCACGGAGAGCCGGCAGUGGGAGAGCUUCCUGGGUAGCUUCCCCCAGCACGGUGUUCCCAAGCCAGUCCAGCCGGAAAACAGACUGUACAGCAAAUGCUGUGUGGGAUCUUAGGCCUUUCACUUUUUUUUUUUUUUUUUUGAAAGAAAGAAAAAAGUACAAUUAACAAGCCUCUUUUGUAAAUGGGUUUCCUUUCUAUGUAUAAAAUCCUAGCGGUCCCUUGUUUUUACAUGUCCAUGCUGUGUAAUUUUGAGAUGUUACUGAGAUAUGUUCUGAACAUAAUGUGCAUUUUUUUCUGUACAGAUGAAAUGGGAGAAUUUAAUAAAGAGUUUGCAGGUUUUUACUUGUUAAA